AUGCGUGAGAUGGCCGAUAAAUACCACACCGUGCUGGUCGUCGGUGGCGAGGGAGAAAAGUGUCGAGUGGUUGCAGAGGGAUACGGGUUCAAGGACGUGAUCACCCCCGGGGAUAUCAUCAAGACUAAAGACGACACUACACCAUUCCGCCGGUUAACCGAUGACGAGUACAAAAACUCACGGUUUCGAGACUUGAAAAACACCAGGAUCGAGGCUGUCUUUGUUUUCGCUGAUAGCCGGGAUUGGGCUGGUGACCAACAGAUUAUUCUUGACUGUCUGAUGAGUGUAAAUGGCCACUUAGGCACUCGCUCGGAAACCGGCAACGAGGGCCCCCCUGUGUUCUUCUCCCACACCGACGUCGUCUGGGCUACCUCGCACGAACACUGCCGUCUCGGGAUGGGUGCCCUCCGGGCAUCUCUCGAGGCUGUUUACAAGGCCAUCACGGGACGGGAAUUGUCGACCAUUGCGUUUGGAAAACCGCAACUAGGCACGUACCACUUCGCCAUGCGUCUGCUGCAACAGUGGCGAAAGGAUACCCACGACAUUAACAAGCCCCCGCGCACCGUUUACUUCGUCGGGGAUACACCCGAGUCGGAUGUGCGUGGUACCAACGAAUUCAACGACGUCAGCGAGGCCGAGUGGGUAUCGCUUCUUGUGAAGACGGGUGUCUUCCAGGAUGGUGCUACGCCGAAAUAUCAGCCCGGGCAUACUUGUGAGAAUGUUCUCGAGGCGGUUAAGUAUGCCGUGGAGCGGGAGCAGGCUAGGAGUAAGGGUGAGAUUGAUGAUGUGGAUUCCGGUAUUGACUCGGAGUCGGCUUGUCUUCGCAACUAA